CCGAUGCAGCAGCGUUGCUGGAAAAUUGAUGAUUCGGGUGACGACGAUUGUGCUUCACCUCGCCGCUGCAGGUUGCGCAAUGGGGUAAUUCGAAUGCACAACGAACUGCGUGGUCACUGCUUUGCGUUCCAUGGGGGUUGGGUUUGUGGAUCGAUGUGCUUUUCAAUCGAGAAUCUGUCGUUAAGUGUCGUGUGGCAUCCGAGAGGCUGUGAAGAGUGGUGUGCACGUCUUCUACCAUUCGACACUUAUAAAGCUCAUCGGCAACUCCCGACGCACUUGAAACGCAUGGCCUGCAGCGAUCAGGUUGUGCCAUAAUUGUGCUCUUAGGAGGAGGUCCAGCGAGCAAUACAGCUGCACCAGCAUAUUGCAAAGCCUGUUUCCAGAUAAAAUGGAGAGGGCCUGCGAAUUGUGUCUCAAAAACUGCUUGAGGCUACAUGGAGCAGAAGAGAGCGAAGCUGCGAAAUCUUGCCUCAUUUGUGUGUUAUGGAGGUCUGAAGGAGUGAAAUCUGACCAAACCGAUCGCCAUCCAUCAUUCUUGAAGAAGAUCACAGAGAGCACUAUGAGCACCUUGGAGCUACCAACGUCUUUCGUGAGGGACUACAUCGGAAGUCUCCAUGAGAGUGUUAUUCUAGAAGGACCUAGUAGUAAGCAAUGGAGAGUGGAAUUGCAUGGUUAUGGUGAAGGCUUCAACAUCAGCUUUGGACAGGGAUGGAAUAAUUUUGCAGUGGAUCAUGGUUUACAGAUUGGAGAUCAACUCAGUUUUUCUCUCUCAAAAAAGUCCUAUUUUCAAGUGGAGGUUUAUGAUGGAUUUGGUGUUCUGAAAAGGAGAGCUCCUGAUGUCAUCAACACUCCCAUGGAGGUAAGCACUAAGAACGUCGAGAGAAAGAAUCAACAAAAUCUUGACACUAGCCCUUGUGUGGGGCGGACAGAACCCAACAACCUGAAGAACGCCACUCAACCUGCUGGACAUCUACUGACCAAUUUAGCGAAGUUGACUAGAUCAGAAUGUAGGAUAAUAAGCUCACCUAAUAUCGACGCGGAAAUUGCCAAAGCAUCAAAAUCUGAAGACUCACGACACUCAAUCAUGCAGUUUGCCAGGGUGGAUAAAGGAGAGCUCCUGCCCCCACAUAAGUUCGUCAACGGAACAGUCAUGUCCAAACGACGUCCUAUAACAGAGUUGGAGAAAGUUGUAGCUCUCAAGGCUGCGCGAGCCCUCAACCUUGUGAAACCCAACACUCUGGUGGUGAUGAGCAAAGGUCAUGUGUAUAAAGGUUUUCUCCUGGGGAUUCCUAAACAGUUUUCUAAGGAUUGGCUGCCUUCAGAAUCUAAGGAGAUUACGCUUGCCAACAAGAGCGGACACAGAUGGACUGUCAAGUGGUUGCCUUCUCAUGGAGGCUUAAGUGCAGGAUGGAGACGGUUUUCGCUUGACCAUCGUCUCGAAGAGUAUGACGUGUGUGUGUUCGAAUUGGUUGAUAAGGCGCACUUCGUGCUGCUUGUUCAUAUUUUCCGAGUGCUAGGAAGUCCACAAGAAGAUGAAGGGCUCUAUACCCCUACUUCGCCACUGGCAAAAAGUUCUGAAGGUAAAAGGAACAACAGGAAACCCUUCCAAGUCUCCCAGGACAUCAAAGUGGACAGCACUCCCCGAAAAGCCUCCGGACAUGUUACCAAGCGUUCCCAACAUUCUUCGCCUGGUCCUGAUAGUCAAAACGGCAAGAGCACCUCAGAACCAGCUGUGGAGGUGAUAAGCCUUAAGCGCAAAAUUUGUGUUCUUGCGUUACCUGCGUUAUCUGCCAAGAAGGGGUUGGGCAAUCAAAACCAUCAGCCUUCUGAUACUGUGAGAGCUGGCCCGAAUAUUGAAGCUGCAGUAGAUAGUGCUCUUUCUGCAUAUACCGACUUCGGCGGAAAAGUAAGAGUUGCGCCUAGAGCGCCUUGUGAUGUAGAGCGGACCCCAACAACUGCACGACAAGAUUCGGAGGCUUUUCGAUCCGAACUUAUGAAACUAACUAAAGAUUUAUUGAUACGCAAUGGUGUUGGAAGGGCAGACCCUACCAAGCAUGUCCUUCCAGACGGCCAUGCUCUCUCUGCUGAUGACAUGCACAAACAUCUUGCAAAAUUUGUAGAUACUCCACCAAGUGUCUCUCGUAAAGGGAAAGGGGAAUGGCGAGGCCGAGAAUAUAAAGUUGUUCGUAUCUGUAGAGGACGGAACGUAGGGAAUGAUACGGAGUUUCUCGCAGAGCUAGAGGGAUAUUCAGAGAACAACGACACAAAGCUCGCCAGGGAUGAUGUAACAGGUUAUUGGUGGAUUCCAAGUGAUCAUUUUUCAUGGGACAUGCUCACUUGCUACUUUGAGUGACACGACAGGUUUUAUCUCUUUGUCAACGCGGCCAAGUGGAACCAAUGCGGGAUGGAACUACUAUGCCUAUUUGUAGCGGAUAACCAACGACCUUAGUUUUGAGGUGUAAAGUAAUUCGAGAGAGGGAGCGGAUAGGAGAGCUGAGAGUUAGUCCAUUAGACCAAGAUAAGUUCACAAGCUGUGUGCAGUUUUGUAUAGUGAUAUAAAUUCUUUUGCAGUUUUGAAGAAUACUCAAGCUAUUGGAGUUCUUGUUCGUAUUGGAGGUUAAGAUUUAAUCAUAUCCAAGCCAUUUUUUGAAAUGAA